AGAUUACAGACAAACAAAUGCAACUAAGGCUAUAACUUCAGGAUCGUCAUACUUCGAUGAAGAUUAAUUAAAAUUAUUUGAGUCAAAAAUUAACUACAGCUCUUGCAAAGUUGAAUGAAGCAGCACACACAUUGACCUUCCAAAUCAGAAAUAAAAACUGUAAACAUUUAGGUUAAAAAUGCGAAACUUAAAACUUUUAAAACGUAUCUCAAAAUAAGUCAAUUUUGGUCAGUUUUGCGUACAACCCACGCCAACUGUGCGUAGCUACCAGCACACAUUCCUUCUGUCAUGUAAGUUUCCAUCAUGGUAAUCGGAAGAGUUGUAUGACCGUACCCUUCCUAUCACAUUAAUUCUCAACAGCGUUAUUUCCAGCAGCUUCCAGAGCUAGCUAAUGUCGAGCAGCUGGAACAUGACAUGUUGUUUAUGACAUUAAAAUGUAAACAAACACCUGCGCAACAAUGUGGAAUUUACCUGCGUAGAAAAGGUAUGGAGAUAGGGUGAUAGUACAUUUGUUGGCGUGCUUCAAUAUCGCACACGAAAGAGUAGCAGCGAAUAGCGCACCUGUGUAACUGGCAGAUAGCAACGAUAACUAUACUCUACUUAAUGCAACACUGUAGUGCAAUUCAAAAUGUGCGUCACGUGGAAAACGGUCAUGUUAAUCGCCUUGCUCCUUUCAUGCAACGAAGCACUGUACGAUUGGCCGACCGAGGAGACGAGCAAAUCUAUCCUCAACUCCGGCUACAAGGAAUACGAGUUCGAACUAACGCAGACGAACAAUUUGUACCGUCAAGAUGUACUUCAAAAGUCGUGCCAGUACAACAUUACCGAUGAUAUGAUGGACCGGAUAGAGCAGCUAAAACAAAUUCCCACCGAUCAUCUUCUAAUUGAUCGUGAACACAAAUUUCUCUACUGCUACGUUCCUAAGGUCGCUUGCACCAACUGGAAGCGUGUUAUGAUGAUACUGAUCAACAAAUGGAACGGUACCGAUCCAUUACAAAUUCCCGCUGAUCUGGCACAUUCGGCCGGAAUGUUUGAAACGUUUCAAUCGUUAAGCGACGAUGAAAAAAUUGCUGUGCUUGCCGAUUAUAAUCGCUUCAUUCUGGUUCGUCAUCCGUUCGAGAGACUGCUGUCAGCGUUUCGCAAUAAACUGGAGGGCAACUCAAAAAGUGCCAAAUACUUUCAGGCACGCAUUGGGAGAACUAUCAUAAAAUCGUUCCGGUUGCACGCCACAAACGAAUCGCUAAUAAAUGCGGAUGAUGUGCAGUUCAACGAGUUUGUGCAGUACUUACUUACGCCGGAUCUGAGCAAAAGCGGAAACAUGUCAUUCAAUGAGCACUGGGAACCCAUUUCGCACCUUUGCCAUCCCUGCUUGGUGCACUACAAUGUAAUAGGCAAAUACGAAACACUGACGGAUGAUUCCUCUCUAGCACUGCAUCUGGCCGGUGCGGAAGGCUUAAAUUUUCCCGCGGUUUACAAAUCGUCUAGCACACGGGAACGGUUGAAGCACUACUUUAACGACAUUCCUACAGAAACCUUGAAGCGGUUGUAUUUACUAUACGAAGAGGAUUUUAAAAACUUUGAUUACAGUUUGGAGGAAAUAUUCGGCUAUGAGCUCGUUUAAGGGAUACAAAUAGCAUUUAGACAAUACUUACAGGUAAGUUGGCUCUCAUAAGUUGAUAGUAACAGGUUUUAGGGCAGUUGGUGUACUUAUUAACAGCAAACAAAACAGGGAAGUUACAGUGUUACGGUAUAAGGGUUGCAGGACAAUACAUGUGAUAUUAACAUUAAAUGUGGAAACUUUGUUGACAAUAUUUCUUACAGCAAUAAACAUUCUUAUUGAUAUUUGUGCAAGAAUUUAUAAAAGAAGCUUUUUGCCCGGUUUAUAAAAACUUUAAAAUGUGUUAUUAAACUCAAUGAUUUAGUGAACUUUUUGCUGUUGAAGUUAUAGUAAAAUGCUGUAAAAGUUGAGAAUGAAACGACAGAAAAACAUGCACAUUUGGGAUUCCAGCAUGUGUAAUCUUAACGUAUGUGUUUUUGUAUUUCAAAUGCAUUUUCAUGUUAUUAUGCCACUUUCAAAAAUGCUAAUCAUUAAAAUAUUUCGCAACCGAGAAAAGUUUUUUUUUUAUUUUGUUUGCUUGAUUCUUGUUAAUUAUUUUAAAUCUAAACAGAUAUGAAAUAUGAACAGAAAUCUUCAAAAGUUUAAACCUAAAGCACAAAAUAAAUCAAUUACAUUCGAAGCAUGAGUAUAAGUUCAAAGCAUUGCAAAGUAGCAAAGUAUCUAGGAACAAUCUUUCCUCUUCAAUUUGCGGACAGGGUUUGCGGAUAAGAAAUUCACACAGCUCCACUUAUACUAAAAAAUAGUAUUUUUCCCAAUGUCUUCUAAUUGCCUUUAAAAUUAUUUAUUCGGUAUUGUAGUGAUUCUAUCUAUUCUUUUAUAUAGUUUAUUGUAAUGAAAUAGUUUAUUGUCGUUGGUAUUGAUACUCGUUUGUCUGACCACACGACCAUUUAAAUUAAUUUUGCUCGAAACAUUAGGAGGCUACCCAAGCGCCACAUAGUAAGCUUAAACGACUAGAAAACACAAUAGAAAAUCCAAACGACUAGAAAAAUACGAAUGCUCCAUAGCUUCACAGGUUUGCUCAAUAGUUGGCGUUUUAUUACUGGCUGACCAGAUGAAGUUGAUGAAAAAACGGGACACAUAUUAAAAAAAUACGGGACAUCGAUUAUUUUUAAGAAUUCAGGAGACAUUUCCUUGAUUUUUCUAUAUUUAUUUUUCCAAUUAUUACAAAUCAUUCGCAUAAAUUUCGCAUUACUAUGUCCAAUCUCCAUUUGACAGCUAGGGAGUCCAAAGUUACUUAGCAACUCUUACAAAGUCCUUUAGCCAUAACUCCAUAUCUUUCAAUCUCUAUAGAGGUCUCCUUUCAUCAUAGCUACCAAAAUAAGAGCAAAUAAACCCAUCACGUAAUGUGUUCU